GGCGUGGCCAUACCAGGAAGUGCUCAGCUUGCAGGUGAAUGGGGAGUUUGGAGGGCCAUGGCUAUGUCUCCCAGUGACCUGUAUAUGACAGCACCCAGGUAAUGGAUACAGGCUGGGGGCCUCACACUCACACUCACACAGGGCCUCACUCACUCACUGGCAGACCCUUUAUUUCCCCAAUCAGACAGCUGGCCAUGAUCUGCCUCUCUCACUGGGCAGCAUAUACUGACAGAUAUUUGGAGAAACUUUUUUGGGAAUCAUUUUUUUGGGAAUAAAGCUGUUUAUUGGGUGUGUGGAAGGUGUUCAGAAUAUAAUAACUAUAUAAUAAACACAUAUACUAUAUAUCUUGGAAGCCAUCAGUUGUUUUAGUGCACUGUAUGUUAUUAUUUACUAGCAAUUUCAUUUAUUGUCCAUAAGUAAAAUCUGCCUUCACUUGGGAUACUUAUAUGGGAUUAUAGAUUCUACGGCCCAAAUAGCCGUAUUAGGUAGAAAAGAAAUCAGCCAUUGAAAGUCCUUGUGUUUUUUGUUUUUUUUUUAAAUUUAGGCUUUUUUUGCCCCAAAAUGUGAAUUAAAAAAAAAAAAAACAAAUACCCAAAUAUUAAAGGUACGCUUCUACAUCUAAAUCACUUAAUCAAAAGCGUGACUCCAGUGCUCAAAAACCAAGCAAAUUAAAAAUCACUGUUUGGUAAAUAUAUCCCCUUCUUGCCCCCUCAUUUGGCUGUUAAUAGGAAAAUCAUUCCUAUGACUUCCUGGCAGUUUUACUCAAAAGGCAGCAAUUGCCCAGUUCACCUGCCUUGUAAAUAUUUCACAUUGAGCUGCAUUGCGAAGCCUGCGAUUGGACAGCCACAGAAAGUCUGGGGUGGGUUAGAAAGGGAGAGUUUGCAAAGCCUGCAGACAAAAUAUCUGCAUCUUUUGCAAGAUUUAUUUUUAAAAAACUACGCUCAAUGAGAAAAAUGCAUAACUUAAAUGCUUACUUGUUUUGUUUGUGGUAUAUCUACUAAAUAGUGUUUUUUUUAUUUAUUGUUUUACGCUAACAGAAAAUGUCACUUCACUUUUGAAUCUUUCUCACUCCUUAUGGGUCUUGGUCUGAAGAUGUUCAGGUUAAAGGAAUACCAUGAGCACCAUAACCACUAAAGCUUGCUAUUGUCUUGCCAGGAGUGCCCUGGUUGACAACUUACCUGGUGUCCACCAGGCCGUGCUCCACACCUCCCCUAAUUCUAUCGCAGAGAUGGACAAUCCUAGCAGGAUUUCCAAUGGCUACCCUGGGCCAAAUCCUUGGCUCAGAAUGAUUAGAUGGAGGUGGGGAAUUACACCUGCGGACCCAAGGUAAGAAGUGAAAUCCUUCAAAAACAAUCUCAUUCUUUACGAGGGUGGGGGGAGCAGUAGCAGUGCACUCCUGGUAUAACACUACAGAGAACUGUAGUGGUUAUGGUGCUUGGAGUGUUCAUUUAAUAACUGUGUGAGGUCUGCCUGACAUAUAAACUAUAUUCACGAAGCAUAAAGCAUUGUUUAGUAGACCAAAUUGGGCGGGGGCACACUCAGUGACAGCAUAUUUUGUACUACGGUGCACCAAAGUAGGGAGAGGAGAGGAGAGUUCCCAGCAAUCCAAAUUAACACAGAAAAUGUCUGCCCAAGUUUACUGUGUUGGGUCUAGAAUUUAAUGGGACACUAAUGUCACUAAAACAGAAUUAGCUUAAUGAAGCUGUUUUGGUGUAUAGAUCAUGCCUAUAAAGCUAAAUUCUUUGUCAUUUAGGAAUAGAUCACUUUUGUUUCUAUUAAUGCAGCCCUAGCCACACCUACUCUGCCUGUGACUGACAGUCUGUCUCCUGCUCUGGAAAUUGAACUUUAAUUACAGACAGGAGGAUCCUGUAGGGUCUAGCAAGCUAUAACAGAGCUGGAGAUAAGAAAUUCUUCAUUAAACAGGAAGUCUAAGUAAGUCACAUGUAGGGAGGUGUACCAGGGGAGCAUAAACAAAGUGAUUUAACUCCUAAAUGGCAGAGGAUUGAGCAGUGAGACUGCAUAGGCAAAAUCUAUACACCAAACCUGCUUCAUUAACCUAAAGUCGUUCUGGUGACUAUAGUGUCCCUUUAAUGGUCUAAUUCAGGGAUAGGCAACAUUUAGCAUGCAAGAUGUUGUGGACUAAAACUCCCUUGAUGCUUUGCCAACAUAAUGGCUGUAAGAGCAUUAUGGGGGAUAUAGUCCAAAACAUCUGGAGUGCCAAUGGUUGUCUACCCCUAAUUGUUAUUUACAUCUACAGUGAAUUAAAAGGUAUGUAGGUGUAUAAUACAUUUUAACCUGUUUUUACCUUUUUAGCCUGGAAUGGUUUAGUAGAAUGCAGAGUGCAUUUAAUUGAUGAUGCCCCUGAUGGACACUCCAGGUUAUAUAGUGACGAUUAACUUCCCUUAAUAUUCUACCAUACUAAAGGACUGGCCUAGGCAUUACAGAUGUUUGGUAACAGAGCAUUAUAGUUAAUCAGUUCACAAAUUUCUAUAAUUUCCAACUUUGUGUUAAGGGUCAUAGAAUAUUAUAUUCUUAUUUAUGAAAGUGCCUGCAAGUUCCGUAGAGCUGUACAGUAGGUGAACUAACAGACCAGUAUGUGCAACAAGAGGAUAUUGAGGGCUCUGCACAAACGAGUGUCAUCGCUAAAUCCCCAGCUUGUUCCACAUGUUACAUUAAAAAUGGUGCCCGACAGGUGGAUCCCCAGAUGUUGUAGAACCACAACUCCCAUGAUGCCUGUCAUGCCUUUAGAAUGACAAGGCAUCAUGAAAGUUGUAGUUUUUAAAACAUUUGGGGAUCCACCUUUUGGGAAACCCUGCAUUGGAGUUAUAAUUUCUACAUAUUUCCCAAGUAAUUGUUUAUUUUGCUUUAACAGAGUAACUCAAGAGAGUCUUUUCGUUCAUUACAAAGAAUGGUUGAUUGCAGCCUAUCAGUCCGGAGUGUGUGCCCCGUGCGGUGAUCUGAGGGUUCUAAAUGCCGUGAGGGAAUACCUGCUGGUAGAUCCAGGUUUGCACAUCAGCUUGCAAAAUGAUGCCUUCAAGCUGAUUGUCGGUGGACUCAUGAUGAGGGACAACAUGCACUCUGCAUUGGAUCAUCUUGUAGUCGCUUUCCAGUUCUUUGAACAAGCUGCUCUUCAUCUUUAUUAUUAUCCAUGGAGGAAGGAGUUGUUUACAAUACAUGUAAGUACAUCUAAUGUAUUUUUGGGGCUCCAGACAAUGGCUUGUCUUUGUAUCUGUUAAUGGGUCACAUAAUUGUUCAGGUGUGAAUUGUGGGAAAUGUUUAUGUAUUUAAAAAAAAAAAAAAAAAAAUAGCAAUCCUGGUCCAGUGUGGCAUUGUUUUUAGUUUGGCCAUUUCGGCUUAAAUUUGAAAUUAAUUUUGAGUUCCACACAGCCACUUGAGGUGCUCCCUUCUCCAUACACUCUGUCUGGGAACCGAAUGCAGCUGGUAGUAGCAAUUAGUUGGUGGAUCGUGACGUUUGGCCCACAUGCUUGGCUCCAAUCUGUUGCUUCUCCAAGAGAAGCAAUGUAUUGGAGGAGAUCAGAGAUGUCAGAAGCCAUGCUAACACUAUUGAAGGGCGGGCAGGUGCAAGAGUUCCUGCAGUGGAAACAGGGUAAGUAAUCUUUAUUAAAAUUUUCUGUAAAUGCAAAGGAAGGUGGACAGAAGGGAAUCUCUAGUAAAGACAAAAAGGGAAUUGGUGGGCACACCUGAAACAUGCCUUUCUCUGCAAUGGUGCUGCUGUAGAGACCAAAAUUUGUACAAAAUACAGAUCAAGGAAGAGCACACAAACAUAUACAAUUUUACAUGGCUACUUAACAUCGCCUAUUAAUUACCGAUAUUUGGGUACUGUGACGUAGUAGUGAACUUAACACGAUAUGGUGGUAUUGAAUAUUUGUUUGCCUAAUAUAGUCCUGUUCUGUAGAACCGUACAGAAAUUCUCUUAAAGAUAAACAUAAGAUUCUGUUGAUGCAGCUCAUAUAAACAUGCCUUUUGUCUUCUCCUACAGACGUACUCUGGACAUUACGUGCAUGUAUGGCAAGCUGCCCUUCCACAGGAUGGGAUUUUCCGAGCCCUGCGACGAUUGGGGUAUUUACCGCAUGAGAAUGGCAAGAUCCUACGUCUGUUCUCCCAGCACAACGCAGAGAAUCUUUCUAUGGCUGCAUUCGGUUUUCUGGCUGGCCAGAUCGAGUGUCAAAUCUUAUCCAGCAUUCUUUCCAGCUCAGGAUCAGGAAUAUUUACUGUAGAUGACCUGCUCCGAGAGAGAAGCCGCUGCAGAGGAGAAUUGGCAUGUAUAGAGGAUCUAAGGAAGCUAAGCCUAGAUGUAUACCCAGUUCCUGAUCUUUCAGGAGAGCAAGGUUUUGAAGAAGGGGCAACUGGUGAGUUUCAUGAUUUGCAAACGGUGACCUGUUACCAUUGUCAAGAGCCCUGGGACAUGCAUGUGAUGGGCCAGUGCAGGAAAGAAGCAGCAAUUAGCACUACACCGUCGUUGCUUUACUCUCCCGAACAGACGCAGGCUAAGACACCGAACGUAGAUGUUGUUUUACAUGACUGUGUGUUUUCUGACCAGUGCCUUGAGUUCCACUGUGCCAAGUGCCAUACCCUCCAUAGCCCAUGGUGCUCUGUGCUUGGGGCAUGCAAGGAGUCUCGCCACCAUAUAAAGGCUUUGAGUGCAAAAGAGAAGCAGGAUGCUCUCCAAGAAGAGGAGAGAAACCGAUUUCAAUUGCACUCUUGUCUACAACCAAACCAUUUACCUCAUUACCGCUGCGUUUCCUGCAAGCAGCUCCACUAUAUAAACUGCAAUCUGGUAACACAGUGCCGCACGCAAGGUCACCGUGCCAUCAUGAUCAUGCUGGAGAAGGAUCAAAAACUUUGGUUAUUGAGAAGCACAACAGACCUGACUCUUCUUGCUAGGCGUAUUAAUACUCCGGCAACAGAUGGUGUGUGAAGCUGUCCUUAGAGGCGUGUGGGUGCAGGAUUAUCAAACUCUAUGAAAUGAAUAAACAUUACGACUUGAAGCAAGUAAACAUGCACUUGGUCUUUUUCAAUGUGAUUUGACCUUUUGGCCAACUAUGUUGAUUUAAAGGGAUGCUCUGAGUACCAAAAAACACACACAACUUUUAGCUUAAUUAAGCAGUUUUGGUGUAUAGAACAUGCCCCUGCAGCCUCACUGCUCAAUUCCCUGCAAUUUAGGAGUUAAAUCAGUUUUGUUUCUGUUUAUGCCGCCCUAGCCACAUCUCCUCCUCUGGCUGUGACUCACAGCCUGCAUGAAAAAAUUCACUUUUAUAUCACUGGCAGUGCAGUGUGUUUACUUUUUAGAAGUUUUUAGGUCUGCUCUGUAAACAAAACUUUAAUCACAGACAGGAUGCUCUAGCAGGCUAUUAACAGAGAAGGAGAUAAAUAAUUCUAAAUUAGACAUAAUGUGCAAUAAAAGAAGUUUAAAUAUUAGAUGCCUCUUUACAGGGAAGUGUUUAGGAAGGCUGUGUAAUGUCACAUGCAGGGAGGUGUGACUAGAGCUGGAUAAAAAAAGAUUUAACUCCUAAAUGGCAGACAAUUGAGCAGUGAGACUGCAGGGGCAUAAUCUAUACACCGAAACUGCUGCAGUAAACUAAAGUUGUUUUGGUGCUUAGUGUCUCUUUAAUGUUUAGCUGUCAUAGCCCAAACAACUUUAUCUGAAAUUAAG